ACACAGAUACAAUACGCGACACAGACGGAAGAAGCAGAAACAGUAGCAGCAGCAGCAGUUGUAGCAGAGAAUGCGAAUAAGAACUGCGUAUAUGUAUUGUGAGGAAAUACAAAACAGCAGACGACAGAGCGAACGGUGUGCUUUUUCGGCAUAGAUCUCGGGUCCCCUUCUUAUACACGCAGUAUAAAUCAAUCCAUAAUACAAAAAAUAAAGCACACAAAAAAUACAAUAGAAAAGAAAAACGUAUUCAACGCAAAACGCUGGGUAACCAGAAAUUCGUGAUCAAAAAACAGCUGUGGCAGUGGAAAGGGCACUAGAAAAGUAAUCAUAAAGUGCGAAAGGUCAGCAGCAGAGGCAGAGCAGCAGCAGCAGACGACAGAAGCAGAGCAGCGACAGCAGCAGCAGCAGGAACAUUUCGCUGUAUAUAAAACUGUGUGUGUGUGUGCAUGUGUCGUUGUAUGUGUAUGUGUGUCUAGCUGUCACUUUCUUGCGCGCGCACAAGACAUACACAAAUUGAAAUCAGCGACCGACGAACAAGCAACCAACUAAAAACCCCCCUAUUCCCUCCUCCCCCACAAAGUCGAAGCAAAAGCUGAAAGCCCAAAGACACAUACAAAAAAAAAACGAAAAGAGAAAAAACUUGACGUACGCGCCCGGUUCCGGUGCCGCCAACGCCACUGAAAUCCAUCAAAAGCAACAACACAGCUUAGUUGCAAUUGCAUAGAAAAGUGGAAGUGCGUUGUGUGUUCGUUCCCCGUUCCAGUUCGCGUCGCUGCCGCUGUUGACGUUGACGUCGCCGCUGCGUGUUAUUGUUAGUUAGUGAGUGUACGUGCGUGUGUGUGUGUGUGUCGUUUGUUUUUGCUGCAUUUAGUACCUAUUUUUUUGGUUUUUGUUUUUACUGCUGCCAAAGAUCGUCCAGCUUCCAAUCGCAGGUGCCGGGUAUACUGCAUUUUUUUGCUGCUGCUGUUUACAUGAGGAAAUUGUUGUUCAGAAACGCUGACAACAACAACUACAACAACAACAAACGGCACGUCAAAAGCGAAUCUACAAAAACCAAAACAAAUUAAAGCUAUCAUACACAACAACAACAAGCGGAGGAGCAAGCAGCAACAACAAACAGUGUUGGGUAAUACCAACUGAAAACAACAGGAGAAGGAGGAGGAAACGAAACAGCAAUAGCAACAGCAUCGAAUUUGGAAUCGGAAUCAGAAUCGCAAUCGUGCUCCCUCGCUUGCACUUGCAGGAUUUCACAGUGCGCUGCUGCUGCGUUUAACUGUGUGUGUGCGUGUGUCUUGGAAAGGAAGGAGGGUGGUGGGGGCAGCUGGGGAAGGGGAAAUUGUUGUUGUUGUGAGAGUAGUGUGUAGUUAGAAGCAGCGGGGGGCGCGUUUGAGUGUCCAGGCUACGUGAGAUGUUGCCAUUCACACCGCAAGUGGUUAAACGUUUGUUAGCACUCAAAAAGGGCAACGAGGACAACAGCGUCGAGGGCAAGUGGUCGGAGAAGGCCGUACGCAAUCUGGUGAAGAAGAUCAAGAAGAGCUCACAGAUCGAGGAAUUGGAACGCGCCAUCUCCACACAGAAUUGCAACACACGCUGCGUAACGGUGCCGCGCAGCAAACCCGCUGCCACCGGCGAAAGUUUACGCAAGGGUUUGCCCCACGUCAUCUAUUGCCGCUUAUGGCGCUGGCCCGAUCUCCAGUCACAGAAUGAACUGAAACCGCUCGAUCAUUGCGAGUACGCGUUCCAUUUGCGCAAGGACGACAUCUGCAUCAAUCCGUAUCAUUACAAAAAGAUUGAGCUCUCGAUAUUGGUGCCGAAAUCGCUGCCAACGCCGCCCGAUUCGAUAGUCGAUUAUCCGCUCGAUAAUCAUCAGCAUCAGAUACCAAAUAAUACGGAAUAUAAUGCUGCAAUAAUCCGCAGUGCAUCGCUUAGUCCGCCACAAUAUAUGGAAUUGGGUGGCAGUGGCAGCAACAGCAGUAGCAACAGCACCACAACAGCCGCUGCCAGCAGCAGCAAUUAUCAACAGCAGCAACAACACUUGCAACAGCAGCAACAACAACAACAACAAUCAUCGUUUGCCACCGGUGGCAGCAGCAGCUGCAACAUGGACUCACAAUCGAGCGUACUCAGCGUUGGCAGCAGCAUCCCAAACACCGGAACUCCGCCGCCCGGCUAUAUGAGCGAAGAUGGCGAUCCGAUUGAUCCCAACGAUAACAUGAACAUGUCGCGUCUCACACCGCCCGCCGAUGCGGCACCCGUGAUGUACCAUGAGCCAGCCUUCUGGUGUUCCAUCUCCUAUUACGAGCUGAACACCCGCGUUGGCGAAACAUUUCAUGCCUCGCAACCGUCGAUCACUGUCGACGGUUUCACCGAUCCAUCCAAUUCGGAACGCUUCUGCCUGGGUCUGCUCUCCAAUGUCAAUCGCAACGAGGUCGUCGAGCAGACGCGUCGCCACAUCGGCAAGGGCGUCCGGCUCUAUUACAUCGGCGGCGAGGUCUUUGCCGAAUGCCUCAGCGAUUCAUCGAUCUUUGUCCAGAGCCCAAAUUGCAAUCAACGCUAUGGCUGGCACCCGGCAACCGUUUGUAAAAUCCCUCCCGGUUGCAAUCUGAAGAUCUUCAACAAUCAGGAGUUUGCCGCUCUACUGUCGCAAUCGGUGUCGCAGGGAUUCGAGGCCGUCUAUCAGCUGACACGCAUGUGCACCAUCCGGAUGUCAUUUGUGAAGGGUUGGGGUGCCGAGUAUCGACGUCAGACGGUCACAUCGACGCCCUGCUGGAUUGAGCUGCAUCUGAAUGGACCGUUGCAGUGGCUGGAUCGUGUGCUCACCCAAAUGGGUUCGCCUCGUUUGCCCUGCAGUUCCAUGUCGUAAGCGAAUCAUCUAUAACAACAACAACAAACAAAGAACAACAGCACACACAACACCACACACAACAAACAAAACACAUCUCUUCGAUCUAUAUACUUAUAUGUACAUGCACUAUAUAACCUAACCCUAUUAUUAUUAAUUAAUAUUAUGAUAAAUUUUUUUUUUUUUUGCGAGAAAGAGACACACAAAACAUUUACAAAGAAGUAUGCUCAGAGCUAACAGAAUCAUAUAUAUAAAAUUAUAUAUAACAAGAGAGAGAGAACUUCUAUAUAUAUAUGUAUAUGUUUAUCUACAUAAAAAGUGAAAGGAAAGGCAGAGAUCAUGUAUUUUGCAUUAGGGAUUUUUAGUGCGUAGAUCUAAGCAGAGAAAUUGUAUGUAGCGCACAUAGGAGAAUGAGAGACAUUAGAAGCCAAAACGUUUGAUAAGCAUUGAUUCAUUGUGGGGCAGCUCCAGACAUUUUUUAAAGUAAAGAAAACUCGACAAUUUUCUUGGUACAUAGAGAUGAAAAAAUUCAAAAGGGAAAGCACAGGCAACAGUGUUGCACAACGCGCGAUAGAGAUUCAAAAUUCUUUGUGAAAGAACUAAAAACAAACAAAAAAAGAAAACUUCAGGUGAUUUGGAAAAUGUUUUUCUAAGAUUGAGCAUAGCACGGAACAAAAAAAAAUAAAACAGAAA